AUGGAUGCCAAAACUCUCCUAAAGGAUAUUGACGCCAACAAAGAUGCACAUGUCGCCUUCCUCCAAUCUUUCACUCAGGCCCCUUCACCUAAUCCUCCCGGAGACACAAGGGCAGCCGCGAAUGUUAUCAUCAGCUACCUUCGGAACAAGAACAUCGACUCCGAAGUAAUAGCACCACAGCCUUCAAUGCCAAAUGUUGUCAGUGACUUGAUUUGCGGUGACCCCAACGGGCCUCGUCUAAUAAUGAAUGGCCACAUAGACGUUUUUCCAGUCGGCGAUGGAAAGGAUUGGUCUCGCAAUCCUUGGUCCGGCGAUAUCGAAAACGGAAGGCUCCAUGGACGUGGAACUGUCGAUAUGAAAGCAGGCACUGCGGCAUCAGUCAUUGCGUACACCUAUAUUUUCAAAUACAAAGAGUAUCUCAAGGGGUCUGUAGGCCUCUGCACUGUUUCUGACGAAGAGACGGGAGGAAAGUGGGGGACUCGAUAUCUGCUCGAUGACGCCCGCUGGAGGGGAGACUGCAUGAUAAACGCCGAGCCAGGAGGAAUCAAUACCAUCAGAUUUGGUGAAAAGGGAACAUUGCGUCUGACUUUUAGCGUCGAAACGGAAGGAGCACAUGGUGCUUAUUUGCACCGAAGUGUUGGUGCAAAUCGGAUUGCGGCUAGACUCAUUAAUGAGCUUCUUGCAGUUGAAGAUAUUGUUCCCAAGCUCCCUACUGGAUUAGAGGAAUAUAUGGCUCGGCCUGAGGUCCGAAGAGCUGUGGAUGAAGCCAUGGGUGGUGGAGCUGCAGAUAUCGUUCUAAAGCCCACCGUAAACAUCGGGACUAUUCACGGCGGCUUAAAGGUCAACAUGAUCCCAGAUUCAUGCAUUUUCGAAACAGAUAUUCGACUACCGAUCGGACUCAAAGCUGCCGAGGUACUAGAUGUAAUCCAUGGCAUCUUGGAGGCAUACCCAGAGGUCACGUUGACUGUACAAGAGGCUGCGAGCAACCCCUCGAGUUUUUGUUCGCACGAUCACCCUAUGGUUGAUAUUCUUGCUCGGAAUGCCAGCAACGUUACCGGAAGACGGCCUGUGGCUAUUCCUUCUCUGGGUGCAACGGACUGCAAGUUCUACCGGUACAAAGAUGUACCGGCGUACCUAUUUGGGGUUUCACCAGAGACCAUGGCAGCCAAAAAUGAGUCGGUUUCAAUUGAUGAAUUCAUUGCCGUUCUGAAGACACACGUGUUGUCAGCAUGGGAGUAUCUUGGGGGUUCAACCGAGGGGGGCGUUUGA